AUGACUCAGGUGGAAAAGAUUCUUAACUCGAUGAACUGCACCGACAUUCAGAAGGUGAGUUAUGCCAGUUAUCUGCUGGAAGAAGAAGCUGAAACCUGGUGGACCCAGGUUAAACCGAGGAUGAUCCAAGUUAACCUGAUGACUUGGAUGGAGUUUAAAAGGGUAUUCCUGGAGAAAUACUUCCCUGAAGACGUCAAGGCUCGAAAGGAAGUUGAAUUUUUGGAGCUGAAACAGGGAAAUAUGACUGUUGGGCAAUAUGCAGCUAAAUUCGAGGAACUGGCUCAAUUUCAUCCGUCGUAUCGCGAUGCUGCGAAUGAAAACUCCAAAUGUAUUAAGUUCGAAAAUGGAUUGAGGCCAGACAUCAAAGCUGCCAUCGGGUACCAACAGAUUUGA